AUGCCUGGAACUGAUGAUGAGGAGGUAGACCCUCCUUUUAAGACCUUAAGGGAAUAUAUGUACCCGACUAGGGUGAGCCAACCCUUAUGCAUUGUUUUGACCUCCACUAAAGCACAUUUUGAGAUUAGAACUAGUACCAUCCAGGCUUUGCCAAACUUCUAUGGCAGAGAAAAUGAGAACCGCUACUACCACAUUAGAGACUUUGAGGAGCUAUGUGGUACUGUGAAAAUUAAAGACUUGACCGAUGAGUAUUUGAGAUUGAGAUUAUUCCCAUUCUCUUUGAAAGAUAAGGAAAAAUCGUGGCUUGAUGCGUUACCGUCUUCUUCCAUCCACACUUGGGAUGCGAUGAAGAAGUUAUUUUUGCACAAAUUUUUUCCUAGGCAUAAAACCACAUCUUUACGUCAAAGUCUUAAUAGUUUCUCGCAGCAAGAAGGAGAAUCUCUCUAUGAUUACUUAGAGAGGUUCCAUGAUAUCUUGUUGCAAUGUCCGCACCAUGGAUUUGAUUCCGUGAGACUCACUAUGAUUCUAUACGAAGGAUUAGAUCAUAAAACUAUGACCAUGGUAGAAUUAUUAUGUGGGGGUAAUUUUCAGGAAAAGAAAACUGAUGAGGGGUAUAGAUUUUUGCAUGAGAUAGCUGAAAAAACUCAGGAAUGGGACGCUAAGGAACCCAUUAGGAAGUCUGUACCUAAUAAGAGUGGUGUGCACAUAGUUGAUAUCAAGUUUGACUCUGAUGCCAAUAUUGCUGUUAUGGCAAGGCGAAUCGAGUCGUUAGAACAGAAUCAGUUUAGUUCUAGACCGUUUGUAGACCAUCCCUUUGAUGAUAAUGUCAGAGAGCAAGCCAAUGCUCUCUAUCAGGACAAUCACCAAAGAUUUGACCCUUACUUGAACACAUAUAACCCAGGGUGGUCGAGACACCCUAACUUUUCAUGGUCCAAGGGUCAAUAUCAAGACCAACCAAAUAGUAGCAUGUCAUCAGGUUUCGCACAAAAAGAUCCUAGUUUGACCGAGAGUCUGAAGUUGUUAACACAGAACACUCUACAACUGAGUCAAGACAUGAGGCAAUUUGCUCAAUUCCAGCAAAAUGCCUCUGAAUUCCAGCAGACUACCCAAAGGUCGAUAAAAAAUUUGGAGCAUCAAUUAGGGAAGCUGUCUAUCUAG